AUGUGGAAGAAGAUAAAGGAAUUAGAGAAAGUCCUUCGUGACUCUAUGUUUAAUGCCCAGUUGCUAGCGCAAGACGCACAGUUACAUGGAGCAUUAAAAAUGGCUGGUGGGUCAGACAACGGGGGUACUCCCUUAUCGACGGGUGACUCCGGAGAAUUAAAUGACGCUGAUUCAUUUAAAGACUCAAAUACACCUGAUGGGAACGAUGAUAAAGAAAAUUAUCCCGAAAAUGAUAAUAAAAAAUUAGAUGUAGAGAUCGUGGAGAUUUUGGGUGAGGACCCUUUAGCAGAAGACCCUCAAGUAGGAGUCUUACAUCCAGAAAUAGCGACUCGCUGGUCUAAUUUCAUAAGUGAUGGGUUAAAGAAGGAGCUGAAGAGUGAACUAUUGGCAAAAUACCCACGUGCUAGUAAUUGUCAACUGGAAGCUCAGACUCUGAAUCCGGAAGUCGCAGCUUCGAUGCAGGAUGCUGCCUUAAAGCGAGACAAAUUUGCUUGCGAAAUUCAGAAUGUUAUUGGAUCCGCAAUGUUGGCCCUUGGCAAGGGGAUUUCCAUGAUGCUUGAUGAAAAAGAAGAUGGAGUCGACGGAAUGCAGCUUUUGCAAUAUCUUUCUGACUCCGGAAGACUCUUAGCAGAAGCUCAUCAUAGGGAAGCUAUGACGAGACGGUCUUUGAUAUUACCUGGCAUGGAAAAAAAUAUUAAGGAGGUUUUAGAAAAAUCAAAACCUGAUAAAUUCCUGAUUGGAGAGGAUUUAUCUGAAAAAAUUAAGUCAACAAAAUCUAUUGUAAAGGUGGCAGCGGAAAUAAAAUCGAAACAGCAGUCGAAGAAGACCCCUGUGAAAACUGCUAACCAGGGAAACUGGAAGGCCCCAUCCUCCAAGAUCCAAGGGCAAGGAUGGGGAACUCAAAAUCGGCGUACCAGGCAAAACCGACCGGGCCCAGUACUUCGAAGAAGUCGUAUCAACAGUUGUCUCAGUCCCAGCCGAAGAUGUCUCGCUCGCAGGCGGAUCGUCGCCAUUGACACCAAAGGUAUCAACAAAGGCUGGAAGAUUGAGAUUGAAUUUGAUAAACCAGUUUUACAAUUUAAUGAACCAAAAAAUUUUAUAAGCUCGCCACAGGGCUUUAAAGACUGCAAGGAUGCCAUUGAUAAAUUAUUAAAUCUUGGCGCCAUUCAACCAUGCGAUGACGUUGAAGGUCAAUUUGUCUCUUCUUACUUUUUAGUAGACAAGCCAGAUGGUUCCAAAAGCAGAAAAUUUCUAAGAUUUCGAUAUCAAUCACAAUUAUAUAAGUUUCUUUGUCUACCAUUUGGCUUGGCUACAGCUCCAUUUGUAUUUACUAAAGUUCUGAAACCUGUUUUGAAUCUUCUACGCAAGCGUGGGUAUGUGUCGGUAGUCUAUCUGGACGAUAUUCUGUGUAUCGAUCCAGAUCUCUUAUCAUGCAAUAAAAAUGUAGUAGAAACAAUUAAAUUGCUCGAGUCCUUGGUGUUCAUUAUAAAUAGAAGAGAAAGCGUAUUAAUUCCGAGUAAAAAAUGCCAAUUCUUGGGUUUCUGGAUUAACUCGGAACGCUUAACUCUCGAGUUACCAGAAUUAAAGAGAUUAAAGAUCCUUGAACUAGUUAAAACGAUGCGUAAGAAAAAAGAAUAUAAGAUUAGAGACCUAGCAAAAUUUAUUGGGAAUCUAAUAGCAGCCUGUCCAGCAAUUAAAUAUGGAUGGCUGUACACUAAGGCUUUUGAAAGAGAUAAAUAUUUGGCUUUAGUAGAGAAUGAAAAUGACUAUGAAGGAAAAGUGCAGCUCAAGGAAAAUCUAACUGAAGAUUUUGCUUGGUGGGAGAAAAACAUUCUUUCAUCAGUGAAUAUUUUUGGAACUCACCAGUAUGAAAGAACAAUUUUUUCAGACGCAUCGCGGACAGGAUGGGGAGCGUCAUUCUUUUUAGCCCUUAAAGUUUUUGCUGCUGAUCUUUACCAUUGUAAAAUUCUCUUUAGAAUGGACAAUACUACAGCGAUCUCCUAUGUCAAUCGUAUGGGGGGUAUCCAAUACCCACAUUUAAGUAGUUUAGCCAAAGAGAUUUGGCAAUGGUGCGAAACAAGAGAUUUGUGGAUUUUUGCUUCGUAUAUUCCAUCUAAGGAGAAUGAUGAAGCAGAUAGAGAAUCAAGGUUGAGCAAUAUUGAUACCGAAUGGGAGCUUGCAGAUUUCGCGUUCAAAAAUAUAGUUCACGCUUUUGGGAAAACAACAAUUGACCUCUUUGCCACGAUGAUUAAUCCAAAGUGUGCAGAACUUUGUUCGUGGUACAAGGAUCCAGAUGAAUCUUAUGUCGAUGCCUUUACUAUAAGAUGGAGUGAGAGAAAUUUUUAUGCUUUUCCUCCCUUUGCGUUAAUACCCCGGGACUCAAUACCACCCACUGUACCAGAAGAUGUCUUUGAUUGCCGGCAAGUUAUCAGGACAGCGUUCGCGCGCAAAGGUCUCUCAAUUCAGACAGCUGAGAUAAUGCUGUCAUCUUUAACAGAGAACACCAUAAAACAGUAUUCCAACCCUAUAAAAUUGUGGUGGCAAUUUUGUAACAAAAAAGGACUAGAUCCUUUCGAAAUCUCAGAAUCUGAAUUGUUGGAUUUUCUAUCUACAAGAUUUGAAGUCGGUGCCUCUUAUGGCACACUAAACUCCACCAGAGCUGCCGUAUCCCUGAUUGCCAAAACGAGUCUAUCUAAUAGUGUGUUAUUGAACAGAUUUUUUAAAGGCGUUUUUAAACAACGGCCGUUGAAGGCCAGAUAUGAUAGGACUUGGGACCCAAAAAUUGUGUUGGAUUUUUUGGAAAGAUGGAGUCCGGUUGAGUCAUUGAAACUAUCGGAACUGACAAAGAAAGUAACGACUCUACUAGCCUUAGGAACUGGAUUAGAAAUAGAAAUAAAAGAUCUCAUUAAGACCUCAAAGAAGGGUGUUAAACAACCAUUGCUACAAUUACCAAUGUUUAAAGAAAAACCACAGCUCUGUAUCGUCACCCAUGUGCUGAGGUACAUAGAAUUAACGAAGGAGCUUCGAGAAGACUGCGAAAAGCUGUUAAUGACUUGGAGAAAACCACACAAGGAGGCUUCAUCACAGACAAUCAGUCGGUGGAUUAAGUCUGUUCCAUCAGCCAGUGGUGUGAGUGAAGAGUUCACUGGGUACAGUACGAGACACACCUCGACCUCGUCAGCGUACAGAAAAGGACUAGAUAUUAAUAAGAUCAAGUCUACAGCAGGAUGGUCGAAAUCGUCGGAAGUCUUCGCAAGAUUUUAUAAUCGACCUUUGCAGGAGACUGAUGAUAAUUUUGCUAAGACGGUUUUUCUGGGAAAAUUAAACAUGUAG